UAUUGACAACCACCGGGCUGGUCGCGUUCAGUCUUCUUUCGAGCUUCGCAGCGUGCACACCGCUCCACACACCCUCCACUAUUUCGAUUCGAUCCGAACUAGUACGAUCCGAACCGAUAUAGUCUCGCAUUAAUUCGCGUGCGCGAGAGUUUGAUACAAAUAUUGCAAGUGUUUUAAUUGAGGAGAAUCCCAAGCACUCAAGAAAGAUGACGGUGGAUCUAUCGCCCGUGCAGGAAUACUACAAGGAUAAGACGAUCUUCAUCACUGGAGCGUCUGGGUUCAUGGGCAAGGUGCUGCUGGAGAAGUUGCUCUACUCCUGCCACUCCCUCAAGGAGGUGAUAAUCAUCUGCCGCCCGAAGCGCGGCAAGGCACCCGAGACGCGUCUCGAGGAGAUGUUCAAGCUGCCCAUCUUCCAGCGCAUCAAGGACGAGCGCCCGGAGAUGCUCAAGAAGGUUACCAUCUACCAGGGCGACGUUACGUUCGACCAGCUGGGACUCAGCGGGGAGAGCCUGAAGCACGUGACCGAGAACACUAACAUUGUUUUCCACAUGGCGGCCACCCUUAAGCUGGAGGGCAACCUUCGCGACGCCAUCGACAUGAACUUGCUGGGCACCCGGCGAGCGCUGAACGUGGCCAAGGACAUGAAGCAGCUGGAGGCCUUUAUCCACUUGUCCACGGCUUUCUGCAACUGCGACCAGGAGGUGAUGUAUGAGAAGGUGUACGAGUUUCCACACAAGCCGGAGGAUCUCAUGCGCCUGGCCGAGUGGAUGGACGUGAAGACCCUGGACGCCAUUACGCCCGAUCUGCUGAAGCCACACCCCAACACCUACACCUACUCGAAGCGCCUGGCGGAGCUUCUGGUGCGCGACCACUACGAGUCCAUGCCCGUCAUCAUCGCCCGUCCCAGCAUCGUGUCGCCGUCGGCGUACGAGCCCGUCCCGGGAUGGGUGGACAACCUCAACGGACCCACCGGGCUGAUGGUGGGCGCCGGCAAGGGCGUCAUCCGCUCGAUGCUGAUUGACACGCGCCACCUGUCCGAGGUGAUUCCGGUGGACUACGCCAUCAACGGGCUGUGCGUGAUCCCCUACCAGUUCGCCAAGAUGACGGAGCGGCCGAAGGAGGUGCCCGUAUACAAUAUCACGUGCGCUGACCACCGGAAGAUGCAGUGGGGCGAAGUAAUCGAAAUGAGUAAGGAAAUAGGGUACCGAUACCCGAUGGAAGCGGGUCUCUGGUAUCCAGACGGAUGCAUCACCACCAACAAACUGCACCACAGCAUCAACGUGCUGCUGUUCCACUGGCUGCCCGCCUACUUGAUCGACUUCAUCCUGCUGCUGCUGGGCCAGAAGCGAUUCAUGAUCCGCGUCCAGAACCGCAUCUCUGUGGGCCUCGAGGUGCUGCAGUUCUUCACGAUGCGCGCCUGGUUCUUCAAGUCGGACGCCUACUCCUCGCUGUGGGCCAUGCUAAACGAGGCGGACAGGAAAAACUUCAAUAUGGACAUGGACCCCGAGGAGACCGUUCCGAUGUACAUUGAGUCAUGUGUCCAGGGCGGGCGACAGUACCUGAUGAAGGAGUCGCCCGAUAGUUUGCCCCGCGCCCGGCUCCAGCUGAAGCUCAUGUACAUCUUGGACCGCGCCUGCAAGACGCUCAUCGUGGGCACCCUGUGCUACUGGACCUACGGUUUGGUGGCACGUCUGCUGGGCGUCUAGGUCGCCGGCAGCCCGGAACACCUAACAUUCAUUUGCGCGCUUUUGUCAAUCAAUCUCUGCUUAGGUUCGCUUGGGGCAUAACUGCGAGCCUCUCGACGAGAGGCCUCGGGUCUGGUUUUCAAUUCUACUUUAAGUGAUUAUCUAUGUUUCGUGUCAAAAUAAAAAUUCUGUGUACUGAGCUUAUGUGUCUGUGCUUCAAGUGUACAAGUGUUGAUCCAGAGGACUCGCGCGACAACACGAACAACACAAACAAAACACACAGAACACACAGAACACGCAGCAGAAAUAGCACAAUGACUGCACACUGUUUCCUAAUUUCUAAAUUCACACACUCAUCCUUGGCGAAAACGUAAUCCCACCCAUACAACUACACCACUUACACCCACGCACACACUCACACCCACACCCACACACACUCACACUUAAUACGGCUUCGGUGACCAUCAUCUCGGGCUCGUGGUAUGUAGACUGGUUU